GACCUUCAAUGUCAUAUGAAUUCUUUAUUAACAGUCAGUUACGAUUCUUUUUACUUUUAUUUUUAAAAAAUUAACUGUCCUUGUUUUUGAAUUUACAUUUCCUAAUAAGUGUUAUUAUUCUUGCUAAUCCUUUUUGUAACUCGAUGGACGAUAAUUAGCUCUGAAGCAAACAUCGCGGCACAACUCAUCGUGUAGGUACUGUGACGCGAACGUAAUCCCUGCAGUAAGCAAGACUUUCUUUGCAAACAUUUUUUAUUGCUUCUAUAUUUAAGAAACUGCGCAACAGUUAAAAGUGAAAAUCAGUUGUAAAUAUUACGGUAUGUGGAGACGACCCGACCGCCGCACUUUGAUGUUCAACUACUCGAUACAUCGAUUAUCUGAGGAAAUCAUCGUUAAAUAAUCGGAUAAGGAGAUAUGAUAAACUGAAAACGUUCAGUCGUACGGGCGAUAUGCGUGACAGCAUUCUACUUAUUAACUCCGCGCUCAAUCCUGAGCAUUACUCCGGCUUAAUAGAAUACAUAGAUAUUCUUUUUACAACUUUGAUUGCCGGGCCCUUGAUUAUCAUCUAUUGGCUGGCGACAUGGAAUUUGUUAGAUAUGUACAUCUACCCCGAAGAUCCACUGUUAAGUGCGCUGGUGACAACAUCGAUAGGACUCAUUUUAGGACUACUACUGUGCGUUUUCCAAGAAUACUGUUGCAAAGAAUUAACACCUGAAAUUGGAAGUGUUAAGUUCUUUAUUGUGACUAGAUUGUACAAUUAUGUGGGUGGAUUAAUCAACGUAGCGGCUUGUAGAGGUGUCUGGAGUUUUAUGGACAUUUACGAAGAGGAUGCGUUUUCUACGGCAAUUACAACUAUUGUUUCAACAAUAGCCCUUAUAUGUCUGAAAGGGUUACGAAAUUUGGAGUCAGCUCCGUACAGUGUUUCAAUAGAUGCAGACGAGGGUUACUUUGAUGCACCGACAUUUUACAGAACGAGUAGUAAGGAAACAGCUCUAUACAUAUUGGACUGUGUCUUUUCUGUGACAGUCGUCGGGUCACUUGUGGUAUUCGUGUGGCGAGGUCUGUGGGCUUUGAUUGACAUUUACCUCUAUCCAGAUGAUCCUGCCAAAUCUUGCUGGACGUCACUUAUAGUAGGUUACUCUAUGGUAGUUGUGACGUUUUCGCUGCAGGCGCCGAUGCGGUGGGCUGUCGCAAGACUUCAGGGAGCCCCAAGGCUGUUGAUCGCUGAUGUUUACCACUUACUUUCUUUCGCUUCCACGGUUAAUGUAUGGCGGGGGGUUUGGGGAUUGCUGGACAUUUAUUUUUUGCCAGAUUCGCCUCACUUAAGCAACUGGUCUUGCCACAUCGUAAGUCUGGCGUUGCUGAUUCUCUUAAAUUGUUCAAAUUCAAUCCUUGUAAGAGGAGUUUAUAUUGACGCAGAAGAACCGGCUGGUGAAUGCGUCAUCUUCCCCUGUCAUUACCUCCGACUCUUCUUCCACAAGGAAAGAACAAAACGACAUAAAGCGCUGGACUUAACGAAAAAAAUGGAAGAAGCCAGUGUGCCUUUACAAACACCAGAAGAAAAAGUAUAGACCAUGGACGUGUAAUGGCUGUUGGAAUAUUGCCAGAAGGAAAAAAGUUUUAUUCUGUACCGAUAUUUUAUUACGAACAUAGUUCCGAUAUAGUGUACUGUGAUUAAGUACUAUAAAGCCCGAGAGACUAUAGUUUUAACGAGAUCAAACCAAUACUCUAAAAACUAUAUUAUAUAUAUACGCACAACGGACCUAAUGAGACCUGAGUUCACAAACCAACGUUGGUAUUAGUUUAAUAGGCUGAUUAAUGAGAUUAAAGGAAUCCUAUAUAAACAAACGUUUAAAUUUAAUUGUAAAUUGUACUUGUGUUUUUCUCUAUUAUCUUCAAUCCUAAGUAUAGUAAACAAAUUACUUUAAAUACAAAAACUUAAACAUAUCAGUUGUAAUCGGUAUAAGUUCAGAGGAUAUGCGUGGCUAAAUUAUUAUGACAUACUCUUUAUAAAUUAUUUGAAAAGUUAAGAUGUAAUCCUUAUUUUACUGUAGUUCACUAUCAAUGCGAUUAAAUUUAGAAGUGAAAUAAAAUUGUAAAGUUAACACAAAAAUCGUGACCAAAUACGAUCCUAAGAAUUUAUUUAGGUAUGCUAUAAAUAAAUAAAUCUUGCUUUAAUAAUAGCGGUAAUGUUGGGCGAAUUGGAUAGGUAUAUUAAAUUACACGAAAAUUUACAUAUUAUAUCUGUAUUAACAAAAACCGUCGUAAGAACAGCAUACUUUUCACUGUUGUGACUAAUAUAGCAACCAUGCGCAGGCUAUUUACAUAAUAAAAAGUGCCUUAAAAUAUAUAUAUAUUUUUGUAUUAUAUAUUUCCAUCAACGAAUAAUGUGAAAGUGCUGCCUUAUUUUGUCGUAUUACAUACUUAAUGUUACGCUUCAGGUGGUUAAAUCUAAGUCAAACUUCGAGAUCAUUCCAUUUGUAUUAUAUAUUUAGCAAUAGGCUUAUGUACAUACAAUGUUUUCAACUACAAAUAAACGAUUUCUUAAUAA